UUCUGUCAUCGCAACAAUCGGUCCUGCAUUAUGGAUCCUGCGAAGUCUAGCUCGUGCAGCGAAUGUGUUCGCCGUAAGGGUCGCUGUGACGGUGUUGAUGUUAGCAACAAGCGUGAGUGCUGUGUCUGAUCCUUGCUGGGAUGUUGCUAAUGAUCGUAGUAACCGCUACACUCCGCGAGAUUCGUCGUAUCGAGGAGGAGGAGGGGAAGUUGAUGAAACAGGCUCUUGAGAUUCAGUCGAAAGUGGUUCGUCUUCGUGAGCAGAAGCUCCAUAUGCAACGAAAACAGGAUUCUUUGUUCAGUAGGGGUAUGGUGGAGUUUGAAAAUGACCUUCGUGAGCAGGAGGGUGGAGGUGGUGCUCCUGCUGUGGGUGAUACGCCUACUGGUGACGUCUUCGCCGCUGACGGUUCUGAGGAGCCUGACUGGGUGAGGGAGUUGAAUGCGAUGUCCCCUGGCUCCUUGACUCAGCUGGCGGCUUCGGUCGGUCAGGGAACCGUCGGUGAAAGCUCUCAAUCUCAUCCUUCAGGUUGACGAGAUUGCUUGGUGGUUCCCAAGUGUUACUUUCGUGGCCAUAUCCUUGCCACUUGAUUAGGUAUUCGAUGUUACCAGUAUCGUUAUUAAUCUUGGAAUCCAAGAUUGCCUCCGUCAGGAACUCGUCUCCGUCGUUCCAUGUCUCUAUGCGGUUGUCGAUUUUUGCGUUCUUUGGUGCUGGUUCCAGCAGUGAGACGUGGAAGGUGGGCCAUUGUCGCAUGCCCUUGGGAAGUUCGAGGCGGUAAUUGCUGGUACUGACUUUCUCGAUU